AUGAAAUUCCAAACAUUGACACUGGUUUUUGCUGUGAUGGCAUUGAUUUGCCCUAUCCAAGCGAUGCACAUAUACUUAAAACCAGAAGAAACUAAAUGUUAUUAUGAACAUUUAACCGCUAAAAGUUUGUUAAUUGGUGACCUUGAUGCAUUUGUUGAGAAAAAUGGUGUGUUUGUAGAAGACUCAGGUAUCAGGGUCAAGGUUACUAUCGAUGAAACUUUUGACAACAAUGAACGUGUUUUGAAUCAAAAGAACUCCAAUAGUGGUGACUUUUCUUUCACUGCCCUAGAAUCUGGUGAACACAGAAUAUGUUUAACUCCAUCAUACAGUGAUGCUUCUGCUAAUAUCAGAGUAUUUGUUGAUUUUGAAAUCGGCCAUGUCCACUCGCUAGACAGUAAGAGAAAAGAUGAUGUCAAUUCCCUGAAGUCAAGAGUCCAACAAUUGACACAAAGACUUGAUGUAAUCAAGGAUAUUCAAGGUAAUAUUAGAGAAAAUGAGGCAAAGUUCAGAAAUCAAAGUGAAUCUGCCAACAGUAAGAUUAUGUUGUGGUCUGUUUUACAAGUCAUUGCCCUAGGCUGUACCUGUGCAUUUCAAUUAAAUUAUUUAAAGAACUUCUUUGUUAAACAAAAAGUUGUGUAA